AUGUCGGCGCCCAUCUUUGCCCAAGAGGCGACACAAGAGCGUGCCGAGAAUGCGCGCCUCUCGUCGUUUGUCGGCGCGCUAGCGCUGGGUGACCUGGUCAAGUCGACGCUGGGGCCAAAGGGGAUGAACAAGAUCCUGCAGUCGGUCGGGUCCAACGACAUUGUCGUGACCAACGACGGCGCGACGAUCCUGCGCUCGAUCCACCUCGACAAUGCGGCGGCCAAGAUCCUCGUCAACAUCUCCAAGGUGCAGGACGACGAGGUGGGCGACGGCACCACGUCGGUGUGCGUGCUGGCCGCCGAGCUGCUGCGCGAGGCCGAGAAGCUCAUCGAGAUGCGCAUCCACCCGCAGACGAUUGUCGAGGGCUACCGCAUCGCCAGCGCCGCCGCGCUACGCGCCCUCGACGACGCCGCCGACGACCACGGCAGCGACCCGGCCGCCUUCCGCGAGGACCUGACCAACAUUGCGCGCACCACGCUCUCGUCCAAGGUGCUCUCGGCCGACAAGGACUACUUUGCCAAGCUCGCCGUCGACGCCGUCCUCCGCCUCAAGGGCUCGACCAACCUCGAAAACAUCCAGAUCAUCAAAAAGGCCGGCGGCAAGCUCACCGACUCGUACCUCGACGAGGGCUUCAUCCUCGACAAAAAGAUUGGCACAAACUGCCCCAAGCGCAUCGAAAACGCCCGCAUCCUCGUCGGCAACACGUCGAUGGACACGGACAAGAUCAAGGUGUUUGGCGCCCGCGUCCGCGUCGAGGGGACGCGAGAGCUGGCCGAAAUGGAGCGCGCCGAGCGCGAAAAGAUGAAGGCCAAGGUGGAAAAGAUCAAGGCGCACGGCAUCACGUGCUUUGUCAACCGCCAGCUCAUCUACAACUACCCCGAGAGCCUCCUCGCCGACGCCGGCAUCAUGUCGAUCGAGCACGCCGACUUUGAGGGCGUCGAGCGCCUCGCCCUCGUCACGGGCGGCGAGAUUGCCUCGACCUUUGACCGGCCGGACCUCGUCAAGCUCGGCAAGUGCGACGUCAUCGAGGAAAUCAUGAUUGGAGAGGACAAGCUCAUCAAGUUUUCGGGCGUCGCGGCCGGCGAGGCGUGCACCGUGGUGCUGCGCGGCGCAACGACCCAGAUGCUCGACGAGGCCGAGCGGUCGCUGCACGACGCCCUCUCGGUGCUGUCGCAGACGGUCAAGGAGACAAAGGUGCUCCUCGGCGGCGGGUGCGCAGAGAUGGGCAUGUCCAAGGUCGUCGACGAGGCGGCGCGCCACACGCCCGGCAAAAAGGCCAUCGCCACCGAGUCCUUCGCCCGCGCCCUCCGACAGCUCCCCACCAUCCUCGCCGACAACGCUGGCCUCGACUCGAGCGACCUCGUCGCCCGCCUCCGCGCCGCCCACCAGAACGGCGACAGGACCGCCGGUCUCGACCUCGACAACAACUGCAUCGCCGACAUGAAGAAAAAGGGCGUCACCGAGAGCUACAAGCUCAAGAAGCAGGUCGUCAUCAGCGCCAGCGAGGCCGCAGAGAUGAUCCUCCGGGUCGACGACAUCCUCAAGUGCGCGCCCCGGAGGAGGGAGGCGCAUUGA